AUGACAACCAGCGCACCGUUGCCGCUCAUACUGGCCAAGUAUGGCGGACACUCGAUAGCAAUUCCUCGACCUGUAGUCCUGCCUUACGCCCCAGAUACUGUACCUUUCCUUAAUAUGGUAGACUCUUUGAACUCCGCCUUUCCGUCCAUAAGCAACAAGAAAUACACCAUUGCAGCCAAGGUACCCGGACUGAAGGAUACGAUCGAGAUCCUGCCAGCACUGUGGAAGGAUAUAUGCGCAAAUGUGACGGAAGUGCAUGUGACGUUGCCUUUGACUGAAGAAGAGAAGCGCUUGAAGCGGCUCACCGAAGAAGCUACCUCCCGCAUCCACGUAGAAGCGCCGACCGGUCAAAAAUAUGCUUUUGACAUCAACUUCAACUGUGCCGAUGCGCGCGACCUGAAGUACCUUGUGGAGCAGAAGAUCGGGGUACCCAUUGAGAGGCAGGUUCUCACUCACACAACGUACAAUCCUAGAGUGGGGAACAAGAAUAGGGCUGCAGCUCGUAGUCUUGUUGGGCGCGAGGUGGCGGAGAACGACGUCCUCAUCAACUGCUUUGUCGACCCUGAGGACAGCCUGCGUCUCAAAAUCAGUCCGAAGGAGAGCAGUACUCUAGACGUUGUGAUCCGGGCCAGAGGGUGA